UCCACCCGGAAGUGUAGUUUGAAGGCUUUCUGCGGGAGCUGUGUGUUUACAGGCGGAAUAUUUGAUAUUUAAUAAGUAAUAAAGAGUAAUAUCAGGCGGCAGAGAGCGGUCUUACUGCGGAGAUGGACUCCCUGCAGCUGUUCCUGGAUCAGUUUGAACCCAGCGGGGAAGCCGAGUCUAUGUGGUUGAAGGAGAUCUUCAGCUUCGUCUCAGAACAUCUGUGUCCCGUCCUCUCUGGCCCCGCCCCUUCCGCUGCUGACGGCUUAUUGACAGGUGGAGGUGUGUGUGCUGAUCAGCUGAGUGUGUGUUUGGUGAAGAAGAUCCAGGAACACACGGCCCUCACACACACUUUACCUGUUAGCUACAGGCUGGUGUCCGUCUCGGAGCUCCUCUCCCGGCAGCGCGUGGCGUGCGUCAGCAACCUCUCCUGGAGCACCAAUCAGCAGCGAGUGUGGGCCAAGGAGGCGGAGCUUAGUGUGCCGGGUCAGCGGGCCCUGCAGCGCGUUAACCUGCUUCUGAUUGGCUGUCUGAGAGAGGGGGGGGGCGGAGCCUGGAGGCUGGAGGACGCCAGCGGCAACGUCAGCUGGGAGUGCCUGUCUCCCUCUCCUCUGUGGCUGAAUCGUCCCGUCUUCCUCCCUCACUGGAACUACAUCCCCCACAAUGCCCCGGGGCCGGCUGAGGCCGGAGGCUGCGUGGAACUGAUUGGUUCUCCGGUUCUGCUGAGUCGUGAGCAGGGAUUGGCUGCUGUACCUGGAGGGGCGGGGCUUAGCGGAGCAGUGGGAGUCAGACAGGCUGCAGGGCUGCUGACCAACAGGACUGGAGGACAGCGGGUGUCUGUCUGUGGUCAGGUGUCUUCAGUCUGCCCUCUGCUGGUCGUUGCAGGAACUUCCUUCUUCUGUUUCUCUCUGACAGACGGAGCUCACUCUCUUCCUGUCCUCGUCAAGGACAGCGGGCGGCUCUGGUGGACUCAGUGUGUGUGUGUCGGUCAGAGUGUGUGUGUGACGGCGCUGCGUGUGUGCGUCCUGCGAGGCUGGAGAGGAAACAACAUCCUGUGUGUGACCGACCGAUCUGAAAUACACACAAACUACACACUCACUGACCCUGAGCCGCCGUCGGACACGCCCCCUCCGCUGAUGAUGUCACACAACGAUGACGACGACUGUGAGGAGGCGGAGCCUGAGAGAGACGCAGGCCAAUCAGCUGUCAGGAUGAAGAAGUCCAGAGUCAUCAGUUACCAGGGCACGGUGACGGAGGUGGUGAGUGAGGGGGCGGGACUCUACGUGAUUGACAGGAAGGUGGGGCUGUGUCUGGCCUAUCAGCCGACUCCGCGGAGGAAACUGAGAGCCGGAGACUCUGUGGAGCUGCAUCACGUGCACUUCCUGUACCGGCCGUGCCCAGACUUUCCUCCCAGCAUGCUUUGCACCUGUCUGCGCUCCAGCCUGCGGGUCAGCGCCUUCAGCCGGGCGGCGAGCGAUACGCCCGAUGCCCGCUGCCCCGCCGACGGAGCGUUACCACGGCUACUGCUGGAGAAGAACAUGGGCGUGUCCGAGUACCUGUGGGCGUGUCACCUGAGCUCCCAGCUCGCUCGCAGUCUGGUUCCCGGUGUGCUGAAGCAGCAGUGUGUGUGUGUGUUGUCAUGGAAACUGAUGGAGUGUGUGUGGAGACGAGGGAGAGGACGAGGAAGGAGAGACAUCUACUCAGAGAUGUUGGACGAGCCGCACACCUGUCCUCUGACACAGUACAGCGUGGACCGUGCGGUGCAUCAGUACGUCAGUGUCUCAGGUCUCCGUGAGUCUCUGGAGACAGAGUGCUGGUCCUCAGUGUCUCUCAGGUCUCUGCUGCCCCCUGAUGGACCCAGUCUGUCCCAAGCUCAGAUCAACACAGCCCUGUCCUGGUCCUGCAGGACUCUGACCUCUGACCCCCAGGCCGGGGACAGCCUCAGGCAGCGCCCCCUCCUGCUGGUAGGUGUGUUAGAGCUCCCGUCUCAGAAGUCUGAACAGAGUCUUCAGCUCAGAGACGGGACGGGGACACUGGCCUGCGUCGUCACGGAGACCAGCCAGGAUGGAGGUCAGAGGGCGGUCUUUAACACCGCCUGGAUAGGUUGUUUGGUGUGUGUCCAGCAGUUCACCAUGGUGACCGAGAGAUUCCUCCAAUCAGAUUUCCCCUCCUACCAGCACCUGGACCAGGACGAGUUCAUCACACACAAACACUGCAGGGUCUACCUGCAGUUUUCUCUGGACGACCUUCACAUCCUGAGUCCGUCUGUUGCUAUGGUAACACACCUGCGACAGAAGGGGGCGGAGCCAGGAGGUGAGGUCACAGGAAGGAAGAGACGAAGAGAAGAAGAAGAGGAGCCAGGCUCCUCCCACUCUGCCUCUUCCUCCUCCCAUCCCUGCGUCUCCAUGGUGAUCAGGGUGGAGCAGAAGGAGGGCGUGGCCUGGAGGAACACGGGGGCGGGGCUAAAGGAAGAGGAGGUGGGGCUUACGCCCAGCUUCUCCGUCAGAGCGGCUGUGAUUGGCCCGGUGGUCAGCUGGGGGCGGGACCCGAAGAACGAGCCAAUGACAGAGAGAGAGAAGGAGACAGAGAGGGAGGACAAGGUGCUGCUGCUCCUCUCAGGUGUGUCUUCCCGCUGGUUUCCUGUCCUCCAGCCUUCACUCUUCUACAGACUCAUCGCCACCAACACUCAGGAUCCCAGCGUGCUGAUUGGCUGUGGCGUCUCUGGGCGGAGGGGGGUGGAGCUCCACACUGACUCCACCCUCCAGGUGCGAUCUGAUUGGAGGUUCCACACUCUGACCCGCCCCCUGUCCCUGCUCACCUGCCCACAGGCUGUCUCUCCCUCCGUCCUGUCUGUCUCUGAUGUGUUGGACUGCAGGUCAGAGCUGGUGUGUUUCCAGUCUCAGGUGUGUGAGAGGACAGGUCUGACCAACAGGACCGGGGGUUCUGCUGCAGGUGUGAGACUCUCAGUGUGUGACCAGACUGGGAGGAGUCUGCAGGUCUACCUGGACUUAAGCCACACCCCCUACCCACCUGGCCUGUUGCCUGGCAACACACUGCUGCUGUCUGGUUUCCAGAGGAGAGUGUCCAGGUCUGGGGGGGUGUACUGCAGCCUGCUUCCUGUCAGCUGUAUAACUGUCGUCUCCCUGGGAGAUACCAGCUCACCUCGGCCUCCUCCUGCUCCCAUGAUGCAUCUGGGUGUGUGGGCGCUGAGCAGGGAGCAGAGGUGCAUUGUGGGUCAGGUCAAAGGUCACGUGGUGUGUUUCCUGCUGCUGCAGCUGCAGUGGAGCUGCUCUCUGUGUGGGAGUGUCUACAUACAGUCCUGUUCCAGUCCUCAGUGUCGUUCCACUUCGUCCGUCUUCCAGUCUAAAGCAAAGCUGGUGAUUGAUGACGGGACAGGAGAGGCUCACGUCUGGUUCUCAGGUGCUGUGGUUCGUCCUCUGCUGGGAUUGGCUGAUUCUCAGUGGGAGGGGCUUCAGAGAGCGCUCAGGGUCAGAGGUCACGUCAGAGUGUUCCCCCGGGGGCGGAGCAUGGUGUGUGACUCUGAUGACCCUCUCCUCCACUUCCUGCUGUGUGUGUGCAGCAGUGAUGUUGUGUGUCGGCAGCUCUCUCUCACCUGCAGGAGACUCAACAACCAGAGAUCAGAAGAGAUGAAGAGGUUCAGUCGAGGAGACCGAGACUUCAUGACCAGGGUGACUCCACCUGUACAGCUCACCUGUCUGCAGCUCAACUCUGACUGACCUCACCUGUCUGCAGCUCAACGCUGACUGACCUCACCUGUCUGCAGCUCAACACUGACUGACCUCACCUGUCUGCACUGACUGACCUCACCUGUCUGCAGCUCAACGCUGACUGACCUCACCUGUCUGCAGCUGUAUCAGUGAAGCCAAAACUACAACAUCUGGGACAGAGGCCAAACUCAAACAUCUGCAGUACAAGUAGUUUCUGUGCUGUUAGGUAAUUGUGAUCAGCUGAUGUUUGUUCCAGUGUUCAUGUUUCCCAUCAGUUUGGUUUUUAUUAGUUAUUGAUGCUAUAAAAACAGGUUGAAACAUCCUGAUUGACAGCUGGGAUUGACUCCUGAUUGGUCAGGUGGGUGUGUGUGGGCGGGACUUGGAGGCUCCGCUGCUCAAUCACUACUGCGCAGACUCUGGCUCCAAAAUUCCAAGAUGGCUGCACCUGUAUCCGGGGGAUUCUGGCUUCACUUCUGUACAGCAGGAGGAAGUUGAGACGUGGCGGCCAUCUUUAGAUACAGACACUGACACACAGACAGGAAGUCAGCCACAGGAAGAGGCGGAGCUAGCUCAACUGCACUGUGAAUUUUAUAUUGCAGUUUGUUGAUGUUGUGUUUAAUGUUAUUAAUUAUGUUGAUAAGAGUUAUUAAAUCUUUGUUUAUUUCUC